GACCCCCUCUCCAUAUCAUCAGCUCCUGCUUGGAAAGAAUUGGUUUCAAAGUGAAUCUUAAAAUUGGUUUGCUUUCUCAAUCAAUUUUGUUUUGAAUUUCAAAUGCCCAGUUGAUUAUCAACGUUGUUUCUCUAAACGGGUUUGGAAAAUCAAUGGGUCAUCGAUGAUUGUGUCCAAAUGGAGCCCUGAUUUUCAUGUGGACAUUGAAAGUCCCAUCUUUCCGAUAUGGACUUCUCUACCUCAUCUUCCUGUCCAUCUUCAAGAGGCUAGGGCUCUUUACAGUAUUGCAAAAUGCCUGGGUAACCCGAUUAUGAUGGACUCCUCUACUUCUGCAAAAAUCAGACCGUCUGUGGCUCGUUUUUGUGUUGAAUUGGAUAUUACACAAGAACUACCGAAGAAGAUAUGGAUUGAUAAUGGAGGCCAUGGUUUCUUCCAACCAGUGAGCUACGAGGACAUCCCAAAGUAUUGUAGGGAUUGCCAAAAAUCAGGGCACAUUGCAGGAAAAUGCAACACUGCAGAUGAUGUUUUUCCUAAGAAAGAUGCUGCAACCUCAACCAAAGCCAAUAACAAGGAUCCGAAACCAAGCGGGGACAUAGGAUGUCCCAUUGUGAAGGACACAAAAACUACUGUCCAAAAUUCUAAAGCUGAUGAAGAUGUACUGGUGACACCCCUUGAACAACAGGAAAUAGCCAAAGAGGAUAUGGCAGGGUGUGGGUCAGCGGCAGGAGGCACCACACCAACAACUAGAGGCCAUGACACAUCUGUACAAAGCUCCAAGAACCGAUUUGCCACCAUUGAAAAGACUCCAAGUCAUGAGGGAUCAAGUUCAAUACAGCCUACUGCCCAGUUAGAGGUGGAAGAGACUAAAGUUGGGACUCAACAUGAAGUCGUUGAGAUCAAAGAUGCAGUUACUAUGGUAGCUGAUGCAAUUGAAAUCCAGAAUGGGUGUUCUACUCCGAAUAAGGCAGCUAAAAUAUCACCUGACCCUGUGACUGCGAUUGAGGCGAAAACAGCAACCAGACAUACCUACAAGGAAACUAUCAUCGAGGUUGAUGGUCAAUUAUUUAUCAUCGAGGUCAAGGAACAGGAUGACUUUGAAUCAAUGGCAAAACCUUUGGAGGUCACUAAAGAUGCAACUUCAACAGGUUCUAAAGAUGAAGAACCCCAAGAGUUUGCUGCAAAUGACACAUUUGACGCAAGCCAGGAUAAUGAGGAGACAGGGAACCAAACAGAACCAGAAUUUGAUUGUGAAGAAUAUCAACAUAAUUUACUUGCCCCAAUCUGGUUGAAACUAUUUGUCUUAAUGAUCGGUGGAGGCGUUGAAAUUUCCAUUUUGUUGAAAGUACCUCCAAGCUCCAUACAUUAAAGAAGACUCAGCAUGAACCCUGUCAUCAAAUAGGACAUGAAAAAGGUUAAUAAAUUGAAAAAGCUCUUACCAAGGUCAAUAUUGUGAAAUUGAUUCUCCAGCCAAGUUUAUAUGUAAUAUUUUUUGUUAUUGUGUUGUGUUUAAACUUUAAUGGGGUGGAACUGAUGUACGAAAAAAUAAAUUUUCUAUUACCUU